CAGCCCAAGGCACAACCAGUCAGAGCAUUCACUGUGCAAGAUACAAAUAUUUGCCAAAUCAACUAUGUCUAGGUCUGUGGAGCCUCUUAUUGUUGGUCGGGUGAUUGGAGAAGUUCUCGACACAUUUAACCCGUGUGUGAAGAUGGUAACGACCUAUAACUCCAAUAAGCUUGUCUUCAACGGCCAUGAGCUCUACCCAUCAGCAGUUGCAUCUAAACCAAGAGUAGAGGUCCAAGGGGGUGACUUGCGAUCUUUAUUCACAUUGGUUAUGACGGACCCAGAUGUGCCAGGACCAAGUGACCCAUACCAAAGGGAGCACCUUCACUGGAUUGUUACUGAUAUACCUGGGACAACUGAUGCUUCUUUCGGACGGGAGGUAAUAAGCUAUGAGAGCCCAAAGCCCAACAUUGGCAUCCACAGGUUCAUUUUUGUGCUCUUCAAGCAGAAGCGAAGGCAGACUGUAACUGCACCUUCCUUCAGGGAUCAUUUCAACACCCGUCAGUUUGCUGAGCAGAAUGACCUCGGCCUCCCUGUGGCUGCUGUCUACUUCAAUUGUCAGAGAGAAACUGCUGCCAGGAGGCGCUGAAGAUUCCAAUUCAUGUUGUCCCAGUUAUAACAAAUAAAGGCCUUUGGAGUUACGAUCUUGUUUCUGAAGUCAAUGCUCCUCUGCUACAUUACUAGCUUGUGAACCUACGCAUCUUUACUACAUUAUUUGCUCAUAGAUCUACAAAGAAUCAAAUGCAUUUUGCAGAUUGUAUUGACUAGAUUGUUUUGUAAGCAGUAAGAUCGCCCAUCAUGUUGACGAAUGCCUGUAUACUGGUGGUCCAUGCUUAUGGUUCCAAGUCGUGUAUAAGCCAGUUGUCACUGAAACCAGGUCAGGUAGACAACCCCAACUGGCAAAAGGUUUUAUCUACCGUAUGUCGCUUGUCAGCUCCAUGUUGCACGCACCUUUUCUGAUAUGCAAUCUCCUGUAACCGGACUUUGUUAGA